GUGCUGCGUGCGGCGGCGGGCGGCUCGGAGGGAGAUGCUGAGGAGGAAGGCUGAGGCCCGGUCUGUGGAGAGGAUCCGACAACUCAACAAGGGCAUGGAGGUCAAACUGAUGAGCCUGCAGCUACGAGCUGACCAGGAGGCCAGGGACAGCUCUGCUCUGAGGGAGACCCUGCAUGCGGAGCGCGAGGCCCACCGCGCCGAGGCGGCCGGCCUGCGGGGGGCACUGGCGAGGCUGGAGGCCCAGAGACAGGAGCAGCCCGCCCCCAGCCCCGCCCCGUCCCCGCAGCAGGAGGAGGAGAGGAGGAGGCUGCAGGAGAGGACGGCCCUGGAGCUCCUCACACUUACACAGGAGGUGCAGGCCCUGAAGACAGAGAGGGAGGAGCUGGUGAGAGAGAAGGAGGAUCUUCAGAGGCAGGUGGUAGAGCAGCAGACGUCCCAGGAAGAGUGUGUGCGCCAGGCUGUGUCCCAGGCCGGUGUGUCUCUGCGUGGGGAGGUGGAGGAGGAGCGGAGGAAGUAUCAGGGGCUACUGCGAGAGUUCACCAGGCUGGAGCAGAGAUACGACAACCUGAGAGACAUGAGUCUGCCCUCUGAGCGUUCAAAGGGCCACAGGAGGACAGAUUCUUGCCAGAGUCUAAGCAUGGAGCCUCUCUCUCCAGUUUCGGCCCCCUUCCCUGGCUCUCCAACCUUCUCUCCAACCUCGGCCCCCUUCCCUGGCUCUCCGACCUUCUCUCCAACCUCGGCCCCCUUCCCUGGCUGCCCGACCUUCUCCCCGGCCUCCCCAGAGGAGUCCAGGAGGUUUAGUGUGACGUCUCAGGAUUGGAGCUCUUGGAGCAAGGACACUCCUAUGGAUACUCUGAUGGAGAAUAUGGGCGUAGCCAAAGACACAGCAGUGAAGAUGAGAGCAGAUGAUCUGGGACACGCCUACGAUGCCGUACGAGUGGCCAACAAGUUACUGGAGACCCAGCUGCGUAGCCAAUCAGAGCAGCAGGGGGCGGAGCUGAAGCUUCCGGGGCAAGAAGCCUCAGCUGAUGGGCAGGAGCUGCUGGAGGCCAGAGAACAGGAGUGUGUGAGACUGAAGAGAGAGCUGCAGGAACUGAGACACACGGUCACUCUCAGGACACUGCUGACACACAUAGCCCCCCCAGCUGCUGUGCCGUCUCCAGAGGGCUCCUGUGCCCCCCAGGCCAGAGAGGGCGCUGUCUCAGGGCUGCUGGAGUGCAGGAAGAGAGACGAGGCCAAGCUGAUGAAGCUCCUCAUCACAGAGCUGCGUGCGGACAGCGCCCUGUCCCUGCCCCCUGGUCUGCCUGCCAGAGUGGUGUUCCUGUGCGUGCGCCAGGCGGACCACGCUGGAGACGCCCCGCGCACGCACGCUCUCUGCGGCGCUGCGGUCGCCGCCAUGAAGACGGCUCUGAAGAAACACAGUAAGGAUGCCGAUAUGACGGCUCUCUGGUUGAAGAACGCCUGUCUGCUGUCUGACCUGUUGACACAGCACUGCCCCAGACGGGAUGGUCAGGCUGGUUCUAUCGAUGCGAUUCCUCUGACAUCUGACCUCAGUGACCUGAGGCGUUCCCUGGGUGACCUGUGCAUCCAGGCCUAUCAGCAACUAAUUGCCAUCACCGAGUCGCGCCUCCAGCCAAUCAUAGUACCUGCCAUGCUGGAGACUGAGACCAUCCCAGGUCUGUCUGCAUCAGGGCUGAAGCCGGGGGGUUCCAGGAAGAGGGCGGGCUCCGACCCCAGGGCGGCGGCAGGGGGGGGGGCGGACGCCCCCAGCAUGGCCGCCGUGCUGAGGGCGCUGGCGGGGCUCCACUCUGCCCUGUUCCGCCAGGACCUCCCCCCCUCGCUCCUGGGGCAGGCCUUCCACCAGCUCACCCACCUGCUCUGCGCCGCCACCCUCAACUCCCUGCUGCUCCGCAAGGACAUGUGCUGCUGGAACAGGGGCCUGCAGAUACGCUAUAAUGUGAGCCUGCUGGAGGAGUGGCUGCGGUCCCGUGGUCUGCAGGCAGGGGGCGCUGUGGCCACGCUGGAGCCUCUGAUCCAGGCUGCUCAGCUUUUGCAGGUGGGGAAGAAGACGGAGGCUGACGCCCACGCGCUGGUCCAGGCGUGCACCGCCCUCUCCAGCCAGCAGAUUGUGAAGAUCCUGACUCUGUACACGCCCCACAGUGAGUUAGAGGAGAGAGUGACGCUCAACUUUAUCAGAUCCGUUCAGGCUCUGCUGAGGGGUCGUUCUGAAGGCCAGCCCCCUCAUCUCCUCCUGGACGUGAAGAAGGUCUUCCCGGUUACCUUCCUCUUCCUCCCGCCUCCAGCCCUCCACGAGGACCGCCUCGCCAUCCCAGAAUCCCUCAAGAUCUCCUUCCUGCGCCGAGUCUGAGAGACAGGAAGAGGGACCUCGCGCAGGAAGUGACCGCAGACCUUGACGAUAAACAACAAGGAAGUGAUGUCAUCCUGCCAUGAGAGAGGAAGUGAUGCGUGUGGACAGAAUGUUGAUGGGUGUUGGACCUAGGAUCAGUAUGAAGGAUGACAAGUAUGUUGAUUUCGCAUGUGCCUUUGCAUAUUUUGCGUAAAUUGCUCAUGUACAUCGACAUGGGGCCAGCUAUGGCUAACUGAAUGCAUUAUGCUAUAUAGCUAAUUUAGGGUUCUGUUGCUAUUGGUGACGAGUUUCCAUUGGUUCCAUGAAAGCAGAACUAUGGCAUUGCUAUGACAUCGUGGUCUCAACCUUAAUGAAUCCAAUCUAGUGUUGGACCAGGCUGUAGCAGCUUGACAAAUGAUUCUGUUUUGUAGUUCUCAUACCCAACAUGUAACCUUUCUCGGAUGUUCAAGAUGACUUUACCUAACAGUAGAGAAGUUACAGGACUUAAGAUGUGUUAAAUAAA